AGCGCUAGAACGAACAACCGCGACGAGAAGAUUCCCCGAAAAAUACGAAAAUAAAAAAAAAGAUUAUAAUCUGACUAAAUAAAGAUAGUUGAAAAUGUGGUUUAAUCUGUUUAUUCAAAUGGCAUUUGUAAUGGUUGUCAUCCAGGCUGGCGUUUAUGUGCCAGACUCGGAUCGUAAUACCCAUACACUACACAAUGAUCUUCAGGUGGAGACAGACGGCAGUUAUCGUUAUGAGUAUGAAACAUCCAAUGGGAUUGUUGGCAAACAAUCUGGAUUGGGAGGCGUUGCAAUCCAAGGAGGAUCCAGUUGGAUAUCACCCGAGGGAACACCGAUUAGUAUUAGCUAUGUGGCCGAUGAGAAAGGAUAUUAUCCAGUCGGUGAUCAUAUUCCCAAAGUGCCAGAUUACAUACUGAGAUCAUUGGAGUACAUACGUAAUCAUCCAUAUCAAGUGAAGGAUUACUAUACUGGCGAAGUAAAGACAGUUGCCCAUGAUGCGGAGGCGUUUAAGGUCUACACACGCAACAUUCAAGAGGCGACGACACCACGAUCUCGACCCAGCACCACACCAAAGGUGGUGCAUCUGACACAUCCGCCCACAACGCAGUUGCUAAGCAAACGACGCUGA